AUGUUGUCUCGUGCUUCAAUUCGUGCCUACAGCACUAUUCCAAAUGCCGUUAAAGUUGCAUCUAAAGAUACUGCUCACAACUUAACCAACUUGUCAGUUGUCAUUAAUAACGCUGGUUCCAAAACUGGUAAAAGCGGUGUUUCCCACUUAUUGUCUAAAUUCACUUUCUUGAGCAAUGGUGCCAAAUCAGCUUUGAGAUUUACUAGAGAAUCCGAAUUGUUGGGUGGUACUUUUGAAAGUAAAGUUACCAGAGAUGCCUUGGUUUUGAAAACCUCAUUCUUAAAACAAGACUUGCCAUACUAUGUUGAAGCUUUGGGUAAUGUUGUUUCAAAUACCAAAUUUGUUCCUCAUGAAUUUGAAGAAGUUGUUUUACCAGCUGCUAAAACUGAAGCUGUUUUGGCUGAAGCUAACCCAGUUUUCAAAGGUGUUGAAAAAUUGCACGAAAUCACAUUCAGAAAAGGUUUGGGUAACCCAUUGUUCUACAAUGAAUCCACUCCAGUUAGUCUUGAAGAAAUUGUUGAAUUCUCUAAAGAACAAUUCACUGGUGAAAACAUUUCCAUUGUUGCUGAAGGUGCCAACGAAGAAGAUUUGACUAAAUUUGUUUCUGAUUCCGCCUUCUGUUACUUGCCAACCAAAUCUGAUUCCUCUAUCAAAUCCCUCCCAGUUCAAUUCUUCCAAGGUCAAGAAGCUAGAGUCCCAUCUAAAGGUGCUUCAUCUGCUUUGAUUGGUAUUCCAGUUAAACCAGCUGAUUUCGGUAAAUACGAAGUUUUGUCUGCUGCUAUUGGUUCUUCCAUUGCUCCACAAGCUUCUGCUCCAUUGGCUCAAAUCCCAGGUGCCACUUCUUACUUAUACAAAUACCAAGAUGCUGGUUUGUUUGUCAUUUCUGUUUCUGGUGAAGCUUCUCAAGUUGCUCAAGGCAUUAAACAAGCUAAAGCUGCUGCUGAAGCCAUUUCUACUGCUGACUUGUCUGGUGCUGUUAAACUUGCUGAAUUAUCUGUUGCUUUACAAUCUUCUGUUGAUGCUCCAGUCGAUGUUAAACUUGCUGCUGAAAAGGCUCCAAUUUCUGAAUUCAACUAUGUUGCUGUUGGUAACCUUGAUGUCUUGCCUUACGCUAAUGAAUUAUAA